GAUCAUCAUCAGUUAUUAGGCAAUCCACCACGACGAUUGUUCGACAAUUCAGCGGUGGGUUCUGUCAACAAGUCUACUCCUGCGAACAGAAAAACUCGUCCGACAAACAUCUUCGUUAGUCCGAUUCGUUUGAUGUUGGAUCGAAUCAACGAUAUUGUUGGACGUCGCACCCCUCGGAGUAACGUCAGAAGAAGUAAACAAGAAUUAAUCAGCUGAUCAGAAACGUCUCAUGGAUUGCCUAAUUGUUCGAAAGCGCUACAGAAAAUAUUGAAGUGUGAGAUUUGAAACGUGUUAAUUUCAGUUUGCUCGGUGUAAUUCAAGUUAAUAUAUACAAUGUCGCUCAUUCCAAUCUUGUUCCGUGAUUGGUGGGAUGAUUGCUUGGACAGCCCACUACGAGCAUCCCGAAUCCUGGAUCAGCAUUUUGGCAGUGGAAUAACAGCUGACGACCUUCUCACUGCCCUAACAGCUUCAGGAACGGCACAUCGUCCCAGAGUCGGUUACGUCCGUCCAUGGCGCAAUACAAAUCUUGCUUUGCGUAAUGACUCCGGAUCUACAGUCAACAUCUCCGGUGACAAGUUCCAAAUUAAUUUGGACGUUCAACAGUUUUCACCGGAAGAAAUCACUGUCAAGGCGACCGACAAGUGCAUCACCGUUGAAGGUAAACACGAGGAGAAGCAGGACGAACAUGGCUUCAUCGAACGGCACUUUGUCCGACGGUACAUGUUGCCGGCAGGGCAUGAUCAUAACGGUAUCGUGUCCUCAAUGUCUUCGGAUGGUAUUCUGACCAUCGCUGCACCUGGCUCUUCCACCGCCGGCAGAUGAGAAAGUGAUCCCUAUUACGCAGACAGGACAACCGAUGAAAAAGUUGGCGGAGAAGUCUUCGAACGAUGAGAAGUCAGCUAAGAAAGUGAAGAAUGGUAAUUAAGCAUUUAGCACUAUUUC